AUGGAGGCCCAAUAUGCGUAUCACAUGAACUUUCUAGCGAACCGGAAAGACGAACCUCUGCCACUUUUCCCUCCCAAGACUGCAAUCCAACGGCCAUUUUCAGAGGCGACAGAGAUAUUCGAGGAAGAUGAAUACCAGGGCUACUCCGACAGCUCGCCUAUGAGAAGCGUGGCUUCUUUUGGAACUGGGAGCACAUCCACGGCCUCAACUCCAGACAAUGUCACAACCCCGAAGUCGACCGGACUCACUGCUUUUGAUUUCCAUAUCGAAGACAACAAUCAAACGCCCCUUAGUACCACGGAUCCUUAUUAUCACAAAGCCUCGAAAUUUGACCCUUUCCGAAGGGAUACACCAGUUCCAAACCGCUCGACAGGGCCAACACCUGAGCCCCAACAUCCCACAUUCAUGGCUAAGCCGACCUUAGCAUCUGGUGGGAAUGGGCCCCAGGACUGGACACCUGAAGAGGUUGUGAUGUGGAUGCAAAGCCUUGGGCUUGAAGAUGAUAUCGUGGAUACAUUUUUGGCCAAUGACAUCUCUGGCUCUAUUUUGCUGGAACUUCAAUCAGAAGAUCUGAAGGAACUUGACAUCAUGUCUUUUGGCAAGCGACACAAAGUGAUGAGCUCUAUCAAGAAGCUUAGAGACAGCGGCGUAUUCUCUGACACAGACACGACGUCUUCACGUACAGGCACUAGGUCUUCACGCACAGACACUCCUUCUUCACGCACAGACACUGCUUCUUUGCGUACAUACAAUACUUCUUUGCGCUCACGCAACUUGAGUGUCACGAGCGAUGUGGCAUCUACUCGAAACACAUCAGUGAUGUCAUACAAUAGCUGCAACUCCUACUCCACUGCCGAUAAAGCAGCAAGUAACGUGAAACACCGGACUCGUCGUCAAAACUCGGAUGGCCAUGUACGCAGGAGAACCGACCUUGUCCCUGGUGACUCCGUCUCUAUCGUCGCCAUCGAACAGCUUCUACCCAAGUUGCAUCAGUGCUCCAAGGGCGAAGAAUGUAGCAAGUGGCAGAAGCAACAAGACAAGCUUGCUCGUCUCGCUCAAGAUUUGCCAUUCGAACAUAUCGGCUCUCGCUGUAUCGUUGCGGGAGAUCCUGGAAAUCCAAAGACAGCCCCAAACCUACUCAAGUCCCCAAAGUCCGAAGUCACUCCCUCAAUUAUCGCGUCCUCUGAUAUAAUGGGACCCGGUAAACCGUCCGCCUACCAACUUUCCCAGGAAAAGUUGAAAGACGUAAAACCUAGGGAUCCUCAAGAGAAUGUGCGGAAUUACUUGAACUUCCAGAGUCUCGACCGAUUACAGACAGUCAAUCAAUCCGCAACCCCCUCGGGAGGAGUUCUUCCGUCACCUGAAUCAGAGACUUGCGACUCAGCGAAGGUGACACCUACACUUGCUGAACAUCUUCGGCACCUGCCUAAGCUCAGAAUUCCCAGUAUGCAUGAUUCCAGCGACGGAUCUGUUUAUACCGAAAACAUGUCAGCUCUACGUACUAUCACCCCUUCUAUCCUGUCUAGAAGAAACCAUUUCCAUGAUCGCUCCGCUAUACAUGGCGGACAAGAGCUCAUCUCCCGUGAAGUGGCAGCCUCGCCGGCAGACUACUACCGAAUCGAUCCCUGCUAUCGAUCGGAGACACCCCUUUCCGAGGUGGAUGCGCCGAUAACUGCAAUUCCAGUUGGACCGGUGUCAAGAGAGGAGUCGCAAUCAGUGCCCCCAAACAUGCGCUUUGGCAACAGCAAAUACGUGGCAGAGGAGCCAGUCACUCGGCCAUCCUCAACCAAGGUAGAAGCAAAUUGGCGAUACCCUUCUAUUCCAAAUGUCGCCACAAUGGAUCCUCUCAAAGAGGGCCAUGCCAUGAGUCCAAUUGAAACUCCAGAGGAUCUACAGAAUACACCCCGUGCACCUCAAAUGCGCAACAAUACCUUGUUCCCCUUCACCAGACGUGGAGAAGACGAUAUAACACACAGCGGAUGGAUGAAGAAACGGAAAACCACCAAGUUGCUACGACAUGACUGGGAAGAUCAUCGCUUUACGCUGAAGGGCACACAGCUCUUAAUGCAUGAUGAUGACGCGUCUCUCCAUAGAAACUCAAAGGCCCUGGAGCAUAUUGAUGUCGAUGACUAUGCAGUAGCCUGCUCUUCAUUUGCAUCGAGGUCCAAGUUGACGGCGGCAUUCAGGAAGACUGUCCUUAAACGCAGUGAUAACCCACAGGAUGUCUUUGUUGACCGCAAGACCAUGUUUUUGAAUAGCAGCAAGUCGCACCACUUUGCUGUCAAGACACGCGAGGAACGUAUUGACUGGAUGCGAGAGCUUAUGCUGGCCAAAGCUCUCAAGCGUGGUCGAGACAGUGGCGCUGAGCUCACCUUCAAUGGGGCCAAUAUGAUAUGA